AUGAAGUUCUACUCAUUACUGGCUGGCGCUGCCGCGCUUGCGACUUCUGCUGUUGCUCAGUACACUAACAGCACACCUACUGGCGAUAUUGACCAUGUCACCAUCUUCACGCCGCCCGAAAACUACACCAUCCCUCGCACUCUGUAUGCAAGAUCACUAUUGCUCAACCAGAACUGCGAAGAGGACAAUGUGAUUCUCGCAACCUGGGAAAACUACCUCUACAACAACAACUCGAACCCAUACUUCCCCAUCUAUCAAUCCUACGAUGGUGGCCACACAUGGUCAGAGCGUUCGCGCGUGUACGAUCAAGUCAACGGAUGGGGACUCCGCUACCAACCUUUCCUCUAUGAACUCUCCGAGCCCAUUGGCAAUUUCUCCGCCGGCACCAUUUUGCUGGCUGGCAGUUCCAUCCCUCAAGAUCUCUCCGAGACUCAGCUUGAACUGUACGCCAGCACGGACAAAGGCUACACAUGGAAGUUCGUCUCCCACGUCGCUCACGGCGGUGAAGCACUGCCCAACAAUGGUCUUACUCCAGUGUGGGAGCCAUUCCUAAUGACCUACAACAAAACACUUAUCUACUACUAUUCGGACCAACGCGACCCCUUGCACGGCCAAAAGAUGGUGCAUCAAGUCUCCUCUGACCUGCACACCUGGGGCCCAGUAGUCGACGACGUCGCAUACGGCACCUAUGACUGGCGCCCCGGUAUGCCUGUUGUCUCCGAACUUCCCUUUGGGCAAUACAUCAUGACCUACGAAUUCUACGGCGCAAAGGAAGCGGAUUUUGCAGUGUACUACCGCAUCUCUACCGAUCCUACUAAUUUCAACGCGAGUGUGGGGCAGCCUUUGAUUGCCACUGAUGGCACUAUCCCUGCUGGAAGUCCUUAUAAUGUGUGGACACCUGUAGGAGGUGAUCUGGGUACUAUUGUGGUCAGCUGCGGUAACCUCGGGGAGGUGUUCUUGAACCAUAACUUGGGUGCUCCGGGUGCUUGGACCAAGAUCAAUACGUUGGAGCCUGCUUCUUAUACGAGAAGUUUGCUGGUGUUGCCUGGGCAGGAGGACAUUCUGAUCGUGGGAGGUGGUGUAUUGGGUGGUGAGCACAAUGCUGUCACGGCGAGCUCUGUAAACGUGAAGCCUAAGGCUCCCAAGUUCGCAAAGUGUAAUGCUAAGAAGUAG